CUCUUCCAACCCUAAAUCAGUUCAAAACACCUUCUUUCUUCCUCCAUUUUCGAGCUCCAAAGGGUUUAGAGAGAGAGAAACUUCAAUCCUUCAUAUCUUCUUCAUUUUAGCUCCAAAUUCUUUUGGUUUUUCUGUUUUACAGGAGCAGCGAACAAGCGAGGAAGCUUUCAAGAGGGUUCGAGGCUUCUGAUUUUGGCAGGGGACGGGUUUAGCAAGAGGAAGAUGGGGUGCUGCAGAAUGUUGAAGAUGAAGUCGAGCUGUUAUUCUUCGGCAGUUUGGGAACGAGCUUUGACGAAACAUAUGACUUUUGGUGAUAGCAUGGAGUUUCUGGUGGUCGACAACGUGCUGUCGGACUGGAAAAACAAAUUUCAGAGGUUCAUUGGUGGCCUAUGUGUGAAAGAAGACGAAGGGAUGUUGAUCCACCCAACUCCAGAACCGCCGCCUUGGAGGAAUUAUGCGACUAGGGUUUGGACGAGUAUUUCUAUUUCCGCCGAGUCGAUUGUGUUUUGUUUUUAUUUUAUUUCGAUCAUGUUUUGUUGCUUAUUUAUUUUAUGUUGUAAGACUUUUGCACUUGGAUUUAAGGAUGAGAGGCCUGCGGUAAUCGUCGUGGUUUUGAAUAUGCC